AUGUCAGUUGAUUAUGCAUCUAAGCUGUCCUACUAUCCCAACAAAGGAGUUUGUGGUUUACCUGAAGUUCUCGAUGAUGAUUCUCAAUUAGAUUUGAAACUCACUGAGCUUGCUAAUUUGGUACGUCAAUCCACCUACAUAGUUGUGCAUACUGGAGCUGGUAUUAGCACAUCAGUGGGUAUACCGGACUUUCGAGGUCCGCGUGGUGUCUGGACGUUGGAAAAAGUUGGAAAAAAACCUAAACUUUCCGUACCUUUUGAAAAAGUGGUUCCAUCACUAACACAUCGAGCUCUUGUUGAAUUGGAAAAACAUGAUGUUGUCAAAUUCUUGGUAACUCAAAAUAUCGAUGGGUUGCACUUAAGAUCUGGCUUUCCAAGAGACCGUUUGGCUAUUCUUCAUGGUGAUAUGUUUCUUGAUACAUGUAGUGCUUGUGGAACCUUAUACGCUCGAUCAACACCUUCAGGAUCAGUGGGUUUACGUCAAUCAUCAGUUGUAUGCACCUAUUUGAAACAUAAUAAACGGUGUUGCAGAGGAAAGCUUCGUGAUACUAUUCUUGACUGGGAGGAUGACCUACCACUUUUGGAUUAUAAUCUUGCAAUCGAACAUUCAAAAAAAGCAGAUCUUCAUAUAUGUAUUGGCUCAUCACUACAAAUGUUCCCUGCUGCCGGUUUUCCUCUAACAAAUGUUUGUAAGACUGUCAAUAACAGGAAUACCAACAAUCGACGUUUCAUUCAAAAUGGUUAUAAAAUUGAGAGUUCAAAGAAUCUUGACUCAAAACUAGUAAUUAUUAACCUACAGCCAACAAAAAUGGAUAAAUAUGCAACUUUGAACAUAAAUGCACCCGCUGACUUCGUAAUGAAAGUAUUAUGUGAAAAAUUGGACAUAUUGCUCCCAUCCACAUCUGCACUCAAUGACAGUUUGUAUUCAUCAGUAAUUGUUUUAAGGUCAAUACACUCCAAUUUAAAAGAACCAUGUCCAUGGCGUAUCCUCCCUCAUCCAACCAAUAAACAUACACUUCUCAUUGUUCAAACUAGUAGCCAGUGCAUGGAACUAAAAACAAAAAAGGAUGAUGGAACGAGCUGUCUGCAGUCUGAAAACGUUCCAAAUGAGUCAUGUAGUGCUAUCUCAUUUCAAUUAUCUAAAUUAGAAUCAACGUUUUGA